AUGGCGUGGCGACAACAAGGAAGCACAGGUUCUAACAACAUCCCUCUGGGAAAUCGACGCAAAUUUGGCGGCGACAGCGCAUCUCCUCGCGACGAAGGUGGCUACAAUCAAGCACAAGCAGAAGCUCCCACCUUCAAGCGCGGUCGCAGCCCUACCAGAGCCAAAGAGGAAACCGCCUUCGCCGAAGAUGGAUCACGACGCCGCAAGAAGAGAAACCGCUGGGGCGACGCGACAGAGAACAAGGCUGCUGGUCUGAUGGGCCUUCCGACAGCCAUCAUGGCAAAUAUGACCAGCGAGCAGCUCGAAGCUUACACUCUCCAUUUGCGUAUCGAGGAGAUCAGCCAGAAGCUCCGUAUCGAUGAUGUCGUCCCAGCCGAUGGUGAUCGAUCACCAUCUCCCCCUCCUCAGUAUGACAACUUCGGUCGCCGUGUUAAUACUCGAGAGUACCGUUAUCGCAAGCGUCUUGAAGACGAGCGCCACAAGCUUAUUGAGAAAGCCAUGAAAGUCAUCCCUAACUAUCAUCCUCCGCAGGAUUAUCGCCGUCCUACUAAGACACAGGAGAAAGUUUACGUGCCGGUCAAUGACUACCCAGAAAUUAACUUCAUUGGUUUACUUAUUGGUCCUCGUGGCAAUACUUUGAAAAAAAUGGAGACAGAAUCACUUGCCAAAAUUGCUAUCCGUGGAAAAGGAUCCGUCAAGGAAGGAAAAGGUCGCUCUGAUGCAGCUCACACCAGUAACCAGGAAGAGGAUCUCCACUGUUUGAUCAUGGCCGACACUGAAGAGAAAGUCAACAAGGCCAAGAAAUUGAUUCACAACAUCAUUGAGACUGCUGCAUCCAUUCCAGAAGGACAGAACGAGCUUAAGCGCAACCAACUUCGUGAGCUGGCUGCUCUCAACGGUACCCUCCGUGAUGAUGAGAAUCAAGCUUGCCAAAACUGCGGUCAAAUAGGUCAUCGAAAACUAGACUGCCCUGAACAGCGGAACUUCACCGCUAACAUCAUCUGUCGCGUUUGUGGCAAUGCUGGUCAUAUGGCACGUGACUGUCCUGAUAGACAACGUGGUGCUAAUUGGCGUAACGAUGGUCCCGGUGGUGCUCGCCCUCCAGCAGCAGGUCAAAUUGGUGCUGGAGAUGCUGUUGAUAGAGAGUAUGAGCAACUCAUGCAAGAACUUUCUGGUGCCCCACCCACUGGAGAUGUCCCACAACGCAUUGAGUCUGGCCCAGCAAAUGGGUUUGAACAAGGACCUCCUGACGCCGACAUCAAGCCCUGGCAACGUGGCCCUACUGGCGCAGCUGCUCCAUGGCAAAAGCGCUCUGGUGAUCAAGGGGGUUACGAUGGACGUGACUCGGCUCCUGCCGGAGGUGCUGCCCCCUGGGCUAGAGAUCGUGGCCGAGGAAGCGACAAUCGUGGCGGCGAUGCCUAUUAUGGCGGCCAAUCUGGGGCUUCUGGCUCCGCAGCUCCAUGGCAACAGCAACAACAACAAGCCCCUGCAUUCCCUGGAGCUGCCGUUUCUGGUUAUUCUGGUUAUGCAGCUCCUGGUUACACUGGCGGAUACCCUCCUCAGCAAGCAAUGGGUGCUCCACCUGGACUUGCAGCUCCUCCUGGAUUGAGCAGUGCUGGCAUCAGUGCGCUCUUGCAACAGUUUGCUGGUAGCCCACCGCCACCCCCUCCAGCCUCGAGCAUUCCACCACCACCAUCAGAAAAUGCUCCACCACCACCGCCGUCGGAUCAGCCGCCCCCACCUCCACCCCCUGCGUAA